UUCUUCAUCUUCUUCUUCUUCUUCUAGUUCAGUCCCUUCAACACAACAGCAAUGGCGACAGAAACAAACCAAGAAACAGGCAAGCUGGAGUUCUUCUUGGACGUCCCCUUCCCAUCAUCUGGUGAGGCCACCGUGGCCCUGAGGUCCCUGUCCCCAGACCGGGAGCCAAGGAGAGGCGGCAUCAGCAAGCGACUGAGCGUGUCUGGCAGCACGCUGUCUGUGAGGUGGAGCGCAGACGAAGCUCGGGUCCUCAGAGUGUCCGUCAAUUCCUUCCUGGACCACCUGUCGCUCGUUGUGGAGACCAUGGAACUCUUUGGCCCACCUGUCGACCUUUGAUGCACCGCACACAGGGCUCUGGAACGAAUAGAUGGAACACAAACACAAGAUGGCGCUGUUGGACCUUUUAGAUAUGAGGACAACAAACUGUAUGAUCUGACUUCUGGUUUUUAAAUAUCGACCGUUCACCAGUCUUUUGGGGAGUAUUUAUUUUCAAGUGUUUUUUAACAAGAAAGCACUGCAGGAACCUGAGGAGAAUAUUUGUUUUUCACUUGAAUUAUAUUCUUGUAAAGGUCAGACUUCCUGUGUUGUUGUAUGUUGUCAACUUUGUAAAAAAAAAAAAAAACAUUUUGUAUUUUGUGGAUUGUAAAUAAAAUCUAAAAGUGACUCUUAGGAUGUUGUUGUAAUGGCAGCUCUCUGAGGGGAGUUAGUGCAUCGUCCAAAAGAGUACACUGAUAAAAAAUGACUUCACUACAGAUAAAACUGCAAUAGAGGUGUAAUGACUCUAAUAUUAAACUAAUACUUUGUCUCUGACUCAGUUACAUCUCUCAAUAACUCCUGGUUAAACACAGAGGAACAAAGCAUCGCAUGAAAAGCAUGCAGCAAUUAUAUUAAAGAUGGAAAAAGUU